AUGAAGAUGAAUCAUGAAAAAGCCAUAUCACUCCCUAAUUUUUCAUCUUCACUUUUUACUAUCCAUCUUCUUCUUCUGUUUUGCCUAAUUUGUCUUACUCAACUUCCCACUUCAACUGUAUCAGCAGCAUUAAUUCUACGCCAUUACUCAAAUGAAACCGAUAGAAUUGCCCUUUUGGAUUUUAUGCAUCGGAUUUCUAACGAUCCACUCAACUCAUGGAAUCAUUCCCAGCAUCACUGUCGCUGGCAAGGAGUGAGCUGCGGUCGCCGCCACCAUCGAGUUGUGGCAUUGAGGCUUCCUAUGAAGGGUUUGGUCGGAACCAUAUCUCCUCACAUAGGAAACCUCACUUUCCUCAGGGACCUUAAUCUCAGUAGCAACACAUUGUCCGGUCAUAUUCCGGGACAAAUUGGUCGUUUGUUCCGACUAAGAUACCUCGACCUGUCUGCCAACACAUUGACAGGAGAAUUAGUUGCAGCCAAUCUCAGCAACUGUGUACAUCUCAGGAAAAUCAUUGUUUCCCAGAAUGGACUUUCUGGGAAGCUCCCCACAAACCUUUCCACCUUGAAGAAGUUGCAGUCCCUAGAGCUCAACAAAAAUCAAUUCACCGGUGGGAUUCCUUCGGCUUUUGGCAACUUUUCAUCCCUCCAAUUACUGUUCUUGGAAAUUAAUCAUUUGCAGGGAAGUAUACCUCGUGAGAUUACACAGUGUUGGAAUUUGAAUGUUCUUUAUCUUGGCCUCAACAACCUUACUGGUAAAUUGUCUUCUGCUUUCUUCAAUAUGACUUCCAUUAUAGAGUUUUCAAUAACAGAUAACUCACUUCAAGGGACCAUUCCAGCCAGCAUAGGAGACACCAUGCCAAAUUUGGAAGGAUUUUUUGUUAGUGGUAACAAAUUUCACGGGACUAUCCCUAUUUCAUUUCCCAAUGCCUCUAAGCUUCAAUUUCUUGAUUUAUCAGCAAACUAUUUUGUAGGUAAAGUUCCAGGUGUUAUUCCUAGUGAAAUAGGUAAUUUGCAAAAACUACAACUUUUGACUUUAGGAAAAAUACCAUCUACUCUGUAUAACCUCACCUCUUUAGCUGCACUUAGUAUUCGAGACAGCAAUUUAUAUGGCAAUAUACCUCCCGAUGUAAAAAACUUUAGGAAUUUAAAUGCAAUGCUCUUGUCAAGUAACAGACUUAGUGGCACCAUUCCUCAACAAGUUUUUGAUUUGCAAUCUUUGUCUAAGUCCCUUGACCUUUCUAAUAAUUCAUUCACUGGGCAAUUAUCUCCGGCUGUGGGCAAAUUGAAAACACUAAAUACACUAGACAUCUCUAGAAACAAAUCGUCGGGCAGAAUUCCAGAAGCGAUUGGGGAUUGCUUGAGCCUUGAAGUUCUUUAUAUGAAUGACAAUCUCUUUGAAGGAAAAAUCCCACCUUCUUUGAUUUCUCUAAAAAGUAUUACGUAUUUGGACAUCUCAAACAACAAGUUGACUGGGGAGAUACCGAGAGAACUCCAAAAGCUCCAUCUCUUACAAUAUUUAGACCUCUCUUUCAAUGAUCUCGAGGGAGAGGUACCAACAGUUGGAGUGUUUGCAGUGGCAACCAAUGUAUCAUUGCUUGGAAACAAAAAGCUAUGCGGUGGUAUACCUGAGCUAAAGCUGCCUCCAUGUCCUGCGAAGAAAACACAACAUAGAAAGCAUCCAAAGAUUAUUGUUGUUGUCUUCGCAUGUGUCAGCGUGGCUCUAAUUUUUGCAUCAUUCCUUGCUUUUCUAAUACUGCAUUAUUGCAAGAAGAAUGACAAAAGUAAGGAGUUCUCUGAGAAGUCCACCAAUUUAAAUCUUUCCAAGAUCUCUUACAGUUAUUUACACUGUGCAACUGAAGGCUUCAAUGAAACAAAUUUGAUUGGUUCUGGAAGUUUUGGCUCUGUUUACAAAGGAAGGUUUCAGCAAGGUGGGGAACAAAUAGUUGCAGUUAAGGUACUUGACCUCUGUAAGAAGGGUGCUUCAAAGAGCUUUCUUGCAGAGUGUAAAGUAUUAAGAAACAUACGACAUCGAAACCUUGUUCCAAUUUUGACAUGUUGCUCAAGCUGUGAUUUAAUGGGUAAUGAAUUCAAAGCUCUAGUUUAUGAGUUUAUGGAGAAUGGGGAUCUUGACACGUGGUUACAUCCACAUUCAGAUGGUGAAAGGACUAAUGUUUUGAGUGCUCUUCAAAGAUUAAACAUUUCAAUUGAUGUUGCUUCAGCAUUGGAUUAUCUCCACAAUGAUUGUGAACCCCCUGUUAUUCAUUGUGAUCUAAAGCCCAGUAACAUUCUUCUUGACAAAGACUUGACGGCUCAUGUUGGAGAUUUUGGGUUAUCAAGGCUUUAUUCACGUACUAUUGGAGACUCAUCAGGAAAAAGUAGUACACUCGGAUUAAAGGGGUUCAUUGGCUAUAUUGCACCAGAAUACGGGAUGGGAGCGAAUGCAACAACUUGUGGAGAUGUAUACAGUUAUGGAAUAUUUUUACUGGAAAUGUUCACUGAAAAAAGACCCACUUAUGAUUUUUCUAGUGACGGUUGUAGUAGCCUUUCUGAAUACGUUGAGACAGCAUUGCCGCAUGAAGUGAUGAAGAUUGUAGACCCAGUGCUUCUAGCAUGCCAAGAAAGCAGCAACCAUGGAAUAAGAGGGAAAGAACAGUUGAAAAAUCCUGGCAAGUUGGUGGAAAUUGAAGAGAGCAAGAUGGAUGAUUUCUUCAUCUCUGUGUUCAAAAUUGGACUGUGUUGUGCUUCUAGAUCACCAAUGGAGCGUGGAAACAUGAAAGAUGUCUGCAGAGAGUUACAUAAGAUUAGAAACGCCUUCUUUGUUUAA